AUGGCGAAAUCACUGGAUGCCGAACUGGCCGCGAUCGAGGCCGAGGAGCGCAAGCUGUCCGAGCGUCGCAAGGCGCAUCAGGGACGGGUGCGGGAGGCUGCGAUCGAACGGGUCGAGAAGGCGGGUUUGCUGAAGCUUCCGCUCGAUCGGCUCGACGGCCUGAUGAAGUCGGUGAAGACGCUGGGCGUCGAGGAAGUCGAGAAGCGACUGAAGGCGUCAGCCUGA